CUGUCACUCGUGACAAGAGUUGUUCCGCAUUCAAAACAAUCGUCGCCAACUCCUUGUCCUGAAACCGCCUUCAUUUCGAAUUUUGGCAUCAUGUCCUGCAAAAGCUAUUUCUCCGAGAAAACACCUAAAAUAGUGGUCAAAAGUCUCUUUACAAAAUACGACAAAGACGGUAGCGGGAGACUUCAAAAGACCGAAAUGAUGGAGUUACUAAAGGUUGACUUGGGUCUAGAUGAUAAACAAGCCGAAACAUUUCUCUUACUUGUUGAUAAAGAUGGCAGUGGAAGCGUCUCCUUUGAUGAGUUCUACACUUGGAUUCACGACAAAAACACGCUUCAAAACAUCGAUGAUAAAUCGAGGUAUCACAAAAUUCGGAAAGCUAUUGAAAUGUUCAAGAAAUACGACAAAGAUGCGAGUGGAAGCAUUGAUCGCGAAGAGUUCAAACAACUCAUGCAUGAAACAGGGAAUAAAGUGAAUAUCGACAAGGCUUUGAAGAAACUAGACAAAGAUGGAAAUGGUCAGAUAUCAUUCACCGAGUUCCUUGCCUGGCUUAACUGGGUAUAAUAAUUUCAAUUGAAUCUUGAAUUUUUAAAUAAAGUUUUGUUUUAUUUUUUAAGAAUUUUCUGUAAAUCGACCCAAGUGUUUGGCGCUGCUACCAUGGCUGUGUUAUAAUAAUGGAACAAUGAACAGUACCACACAAAUUUGUUUAUUUGCGCAUCCAUAAUGUUCUGGUAAAACAAAUAAAACUGAAUUGGCAGAUACAUUUGUUGUUAGCUGUUGGCAAAGGGUGGGUAUCAUAUGGUGUAAAUCGAUAGAGCUGGUUCCUAUCAGUAAACUUACCUAAUUGUUUCAGCAAUUGAUAAUAACUGACAGGAGAAAAAUAUGCAUCUAUGCCAUUGAUAGAAUCAAUAUGACCAUUGGAAAGAUAUGCAUUAUGAACUUUGAAUGUCAAUUAAAAUUAUUGAUUAAUUUUGA